AUGCCCUCCCCCAGCGACUCCAGCCGCUCUCUGACCGCCCGCCCGGCUCGCAGCCUCACCCAGCUCCGCGUCCAGAAGACCUGGCUACAGAUCCUGCUGGUGCUGGGCUUCAUCCAAGUGAUCCUGGGCGUCUUGAUCGUCACCUUCAGCCUGGUGGCUGCCACCAUCACGCCCUCCACCAAGAUCCGCCACUCCUGCCCGUCCUGGGCCGGCUUCUCGCUGGCACUGUCUGGACUUGUUGGCAUCGUCUCCUGGAAGCGGCCACUGACGCUGGUGAUCACCUUCUUCACGCUGCUGUCGGUGCUGGGCGUCAUGCUGAGCCUCGCUGGGUCCAUCCUGUCCUGCCAGAACGCGCAGCUGGUGAAGUCCCUGGAGGCCUGUGAGAGGGAGAGGGACUCCUGUGUCUGCUGCCAGGUCCGCUCAGAGCCUUCCCCCUCCUCCUGCAGCCACCAGGGCGAGAUGCUGACCAUGUUCCCCAACCCCAACUGCCAGAGCAUCCAAGUAGCACUCAAGGACCUCCUCUUCAGCGUCUGUGGCUUGACCAUCUUCUCCACCAUCAUCUGCACUCUCUCUGCUGUUGUGUGCUGCAUCCAGAUCUUCUCCCUUGACAUUGUCCACGUGCUGGUCCCUCAGCGCUCCAGCUCUGUCACCCUGGAAUGCACCUCCCCACCUGAUACCUUUCUGCAGAGCAUGAUGGACUACGAGGAGUUUGUGCCCCCGGUGCCACCCCCCCCCUACUACCCACCCGAGUACACCUGCAGCUCUGAGACCGAUGCACAGAGCAUCACCUACAACGGCUCCAUGGACAGCCCUGUGCCCCUCUACCCAACAGACUUCCCCCCCUCCUACGAGACUGUGAUGGGGCUGCGGGGAGACAGCCAGGCCACCCUGUUUGACUCACAGCUGACAGAUGGCUCCCAUGCCUGCACCUGUGACCGCGUCCCCUCCAUCGUGCUCAGCGGAGAAGUGUCCAUGGACAGCGGGUCCCUGAUGAUGUCUGAGAUCAUGGACAUCCCCGGGGACAGCAGCCCCUCGGAGGACUCCUGCCUGCUGGAGCUGCAGGGCUCCAUGCGCUCCGUCGACUUCGUCCUGUUCCGCUCCAUCCAGCGCAGCCGCGCCGACUACUGCCUGAGCGUGGACUGCGUGCGCUGCAGCCACCACGCGCACAGCCCCACCCUGGGCUUGCAGGGCCCCUUCGAGGAGACCCCCCCCCAGCCCCGGGUGCGGGGGGAGCGCUCCUACUCCUGCUCCACGGCAGAGCCCGCGCACGACGGCGUCUUGGUGGGGGGAGCUGUCACCCACAGCUGCAACCGCCUGGAGGGGCUGUCCCGCUGCGUGGGUCCCUGCUUCCCCGAGGUGCGGCUGAAGGAGAAGGGCUCCCUGCAGGGGCGUGGAGGAGGCCCCUCCGGGGGCCCUGGCACCGGGCGCCUCGGCCAGGGGCGGCGCAACAGCGAGACCUCCUGCCCCUCGUCCCCGGCCCCGGGGCUGAGCCAGCGCCCGCUGGUGAGGUCGCACAGCGACCCCGGAGUGCUGAGCGCCGCUCAUGCCGAUUUCAGGGAAGUACUUUAUACCAAAGCACUGGAGGAUGCUGCAUCCGACUCCUCUGCGGAUACAGGGCUGUGCUCAGAGGCCUGCCUGCUCCACCGUUCGCACUGUGACUCUCCCCUGCUGCUCCGGGCCAGCUCGGUGGGGAAGAGCAAACCGCUGCCCUCCAAGAAGGUGACACAGCAGCUGUCCAAGACCACCACUCGCUCCCUGGGGGACCUCAAGGUGUGCCGGGGCACCCGUGGGCUGGUGGCCAGGUUCCUGCAGAGACCCAAGCGCAGCCCAGCAGCUGGCGUGGUGGAGGUGCCUGGGCACAGCUCCCAGGGACACAAGCAGGUUCCCUGGAGCCCCUGGCUGGGAGCGGAGCGGCCCCACGAAGGCAUCCACCUGCAGAGCUGCGGGGACCUGAGCUCCACCUCCUCCCUGCGCCGACUCCUGUCCAGCCGCCGGCUGGAGCGCAGCCGCCCCCGGAGCCUCAGCGGCGCCUGCAAGGAGAGUGCCCUCUGACAGCGUCCCCCAGCCGCGGCACAGCCUCCGUGGGCAGCGUCCCGCUGCGGAGAGGAUGGUGUCCCGCUGCGGAGAGGAUGGUGUCCCGCUGCGGGCCGUGGCCCUCGGACAUUGCUGGGACCUUGUUGCUGCCCCGGCGGGGCUGGGGCUUACGCUGCUUCCCCGGGCGGGGUGAGGGCGAGGGGCUGGUCCCCUGGGGCGGCUGUUGGGGGCCUGAGACAGCCCUAAGGCAGCAGGCUGUGUCCUGGGACAGCCACGUCUGUCCUCUGCCCUGUUCCCUGCCCUGACCCCUGAGCCAGCUGUGCCUGUGUCCUGGGACAGCCACGUCUGUCCUCUCCCCUCUUCCCUGCCCUAGCCAUGCCUGUUCCCUGCCCUGACCCUUGUGCCAGCUGUGCCUGUGCCCUGGGACAGCCACGUCUGUCCUCUGCCCCUGUCCCCUGUGCCAGCCCCUGUGCCAGCCGUGCCUCUACCCUGCGCUGGCCGUGCCUGUACCUCGGGACGGCCAUGCCAGACCCCUGCCCUGUCUCCUGUGCCAGCUGUGCCUGUCCCCCCGCCCAGCCCCGCAGCCCAGUGCCCGGUUCCCUGCUCAGCCCUUGCCUCCACGCCGGCCGUGGCCGGUCCCCUGCGCUGGCCGUGCCUGUCCCCGGGGCCGGUGCCCCCAUGCCUGGCUGCGCCCGGGGCCGCGAUGCGGGG